GAAAAUUUGAGCAAGGUUUGGGUUUUAAAUUCUGGUUCAUUGGCGAACGGAAAACUCGACAUUCUUAAACCCUAACCCUCGCUAUCGUCACUAACCUUGUAAAACCACUUUCCAUUCUCAAACUCAGUGAUCCAUGGCUCUAUCUCGGUUGAAGGAAAUUCACCGCGUCCAGCGUGCUUUCCAAUCUGUGACCCUUUCUCCACUCCAUGGGAGCUACUGGAGCCCUCUUAAUGCGAGAAAUGAAGGAAUCGCUCACUCAACUAACAUAGCUUGUUCUUGCUCAGUUAAUAACAUUCUUGGUCAAAAUGGCUCUGAAUUCACAAUCCAUAUAGGUGGAACACGAUGGAUGUCAAUGAUGAAGGUUCCUCGCGGAGCACAACAGACAUCAUUAAAGGUGACCAUGCUUAGCCCUGGUUUUGUUUAUGAGCCAUAUGAGCCCCGAAGACCAAUUCCUUUUUGGAGGAGGUGGUUCACACCAAUUGGUUGGAGGAGGACUAAGGAAGACCUAAUUUUGGAGAUGAAAACUGCAUACGCCAUAGCAAGACUGAGGAAAAAAAAGGGCUAUUCAAAAAAGGUGUUUUAUCAUAAUGCAAUAACAUUAUACAAGGAGAUUAAUCAGGUUAUGGCAAACGGAGAUAUCACAUCUUUAAGGAAAAUUGUGACGGAAAAGAUGUACUCUACUCUCAAGAAUGAACUAAAACGUAGAGAAUCUGUGUGGGAUCGUGUUUACUGGGAAUUGGUUGAACCUCUUGUCAGAAUUCGUACAUUGAGAGCUAGAAUGAUUGCACUAGAUAAAAAUGAUAUUGACAAAGCCUUCAUUCAACUUACAGUCGAAUUUCUUGCGAAGCAGAGGUUCGAAGCUUAUGACUCAAGGGGCUCUGUUGUGGCUGGUGACAAAAAUAAGGAGGUUCUCGUCCGCGAUAUCUGGGUUUUCGAAUGCUCCCUCUUUCAUCCAGGCGCAGAUUGGCGGCUCUGUGCACGACUAUCUCCAUAGUUUGCUCGACUCGAUAAAUGUACUUUGAAAACAUUGAAGGAUUAUGGUUUGAUCAAAGAAUGGCUGAAGCAGAACCGACGCGUCGAGAAUGAAAUACUAUUAACUGCAGAGUGAUUAUGCCAUUCUGUUUCUUCACUUUUAAGAUUAUAAGCUUGUAAAGAUGCAGUAUGUGCAAAAUCUGCAGAGCUUUUCUAAGUAUAUAUUUUUUUCUACUAUUUUUUUCUACUAGUUUAUGAAAUGUCUGUGAUGAGUUUUUUAUGGCCUUCUUAAUUUUUCGCAAGUCUUGACUUUUUUG